AUGGAGGACAGUGAUGAUGAUCUACCAGCUGAUGUGUGGGAGGACAGUGAUGACGAUCUAACAGCUGGUUUGGAGGAGGAUGGAGGCUGGUUUGGAGUAAUGAUGAUCUACCAGCUGGUGUGGAGGAGGACAGUGAUAAUGAUCUUACAGCAGCUGAUGUGUGGAAAAGACAGUGAUGAUGAUAUACCAGCUGAUGUGGGGGAGGACAGUGCUGACAAUCUACCAGCUGAUAUGGGGAAGGACAGUGAUGAUGAUCUACCAGCUGGUGUGAUGGAAGACAGUGAUGAUGAUCUACCAGCUGAUGUGGGUGAGGACAGUGAUGAUGAUCUACCAGCUGGUGUGGGGGAGGACAGUGAUGACAAUCUACCAGCUGGUGUGUUGGAGGACAGUGAUGACAAUCUACCAGCUUGUGUGGGGGAAGACAGUGAUGAUGAUCUACCAGCUGGUGUGAGGGAGGACAGUGAUGAUGAUCUACCAGCUGAUGUGGGGGAGGACAGUGAUGACGAUCUACCAGCUGGUUUGGAGGAGGAUGGAGGCUGGUUUGGAGUGAUGAUGAUCUAG